CUGCCGCGGAGAAAAGGACAGGGCCUGGCAUAGACGGGGUCCUUGGUGUCCCUGCUCUAGGAAGCAGAGAGAGGCAGGAUUCGCAGGGGCAGGCAACAGCCAGGUCUAAAGGAGUGGCUGUCAACGGACACUGACCUGCCGCCCCAUGGCUGAGACAACCGGUGGAGAGGACAGGGGGCUGCAGAACGGAGCCAUGCCCCAAGAUGCCUCUCAGGGCCUCCAGGACAGCUUGUUCUCCUCUGAAAGUGACAACAGCCUGUAUUUCACCUACAGUGGCCCUCCCAACACCCUGGAGGUCCAGGACCUCAGCUACCAGGUGGACGUGGCCACCCAGAUGUCUUGGUUUGAGCGGCUGGUUCAGUUCAAGAUGCCAUGGACAUCUCACAACAGCCAAGAUUCCUGUGACCUGGGCAUCCAAAACCUGAACUUGAAAGUGAGAAGUGGGCAGAUGCUGGCCAUCAUAGGAAACUCAGGCUGUGGGAGAGCCUCACUGCUGGACGUGAUCACCAACCGAGGCCACGGUGGCAAGAUCAAAUCAGGCCAGAUCUGGAUCAAUGGGCAGCCCAGCACACCUCAGCUGGUGAGGAAAUGUGUGGCCCACGUGCGCCAGCAUGACCAGCUGCUCCCCAAUCUGACAGUCCGAGAGACCCUGACCUUCACUGCCCAGAUGCGCCUGCCUAGAUCCUUCUCCCUGGCUCAGCGUGACAAAAGGGUGGAGGAUGUGAUCGCGGAGCUGCGGCUGCGACAGUGUGCGGACACACCCGUGGGCAAUGUGUACCUGCGGGGAGUGUCGGGGGGCGAGCGGAGGAGAGUCAGCAUCGGGGUACAGCUCCUGUGGAAUCCAGGAAUCCUGAUUCUGGAUGAACCCACCUCUGGGCUCGACAGCUUCACAGCCCACAACCUGGUGAAGACCUUGUCGCGGCUGGCCAAGGGCAACAGGCUGGUGCUCCUCUCCCUGCACCAGCCCCGGUCAGACAUCUUCAGGCUGUUUGACUUGGUCCUGCUCAUGACGUCUGGCACCACCGUCUACCUGGGGGCAGCCCAGCACAUGGUCGAGUAUUUCACCACCAUUGGCUACCCCUGUCCUCGGUACAGCAACCCCGCUGACUUCUAUGUGGACUUGACCAGCAUCGACAGGCGCAGCAGAGAGCAGGAAGCGGCCACCAGGGAGAAGGCUCAGUCACUUGCAGCCUUGUUUUUAGAAAAAACACACGGCUCAAAUGACUUUCUGGGGAAGGCAGAGGUGAGGGAACUCGACGUGGGCCCUUGUGCAAAGAGCAGCCUGGCCCUUCCGCUGGACACCAAGAUCCUCCGAGCGCCCGCUAAGCUUCCUGGGGCUGUGCAGCAGUUUACCACUCUGAUCUGGUACCUGUCCGUCAUUUCAUUUCUCCCCCCCCCCAAAGUCUUUGUAUAUCCCUUUCUAUGUAAAGUCAAUUUGAGCAAAGAAGAAAAAGGUAGAGAGAGACUCAAAAACAGAAACAUGGUAGAUAAAUUUCAUUUUUCAUUCUGUUCUCUUUUCACCCUUUUUUUAGGUUACUCGGAGAGGGCGAUGCUUUCCUAUGAAUUGGAAGACGGGCUGUACACUGCUGGUCCAUAUUUCUUUGCCAAGAUCCUCGGGGAGCUCCCGGAGCACUGCGUCUACAUCAUCAUCUACGGGAUGCCCAUCUACUGGCUGGCUGACCUGCGGCCGGGCGCUGAGCCCUUCCUGCUGCACUUCCUGCUGCUGUGGCUGGUGGUCUUCUGCUGCAGAGUCAUGGCCUUGGCCACCGCAGCCCUGUUCCCCAACUUCCACAUGGCCUCCUUCUUCAGCAAUGCUAUUUACAACUCCUUCUACCUCACCGGGGGUUUCAUGAUAAGCUUAAGCAACUUGUGGAUAGUGCCUAGAUGGAUUUCCAAGGUGUCCUUCAUGCGAUGGUGCUUUGAAGGGCUGAUGAUUAUCCAGUUUAGCGGGAACACUCAUAGCAUGCAGCUGGGCAACCACACCAUCUUGGUCUCAGGAGAUACGAUCCUCAAUGCCAUGGACCUGAACGAGUACCCCCUCAGUGCCAUCUACUUCAUCGUCAUUGGCAUCAGCGGUGGCUUCAUGGUCCUGUACUAUGUGUCUUUAAGGUUUAUCCGACAGAAAUCAAGUCAAGACUGGUGAUUCAUGCCAAGGCUCCUGCCCAGGUGGGGUACCAGAGUGGACCUUGCAACUGCACUCCUUUCCCUGUAGGGUGCCCUUUCUGGGGACAGUGAUAUACAGAUGCUCGGCUACAUCUGCCCCACGGUGCUGCAGUGGCACAGAUCAACCACAGGAUGGCAGUAGAAUAAAGACAGUCGGAGGCACUUCUGCUCGCUGGCGGAAACUGGGAUUCCUGGGAGCGAGAAAACCUGCAUGUGGCGGCACCUACAAUGUUGCUAAUUUAUUUCCUUUUGAUAGUAUUUAUAUAGGCAACUCAAUAUAGGAUGGUAUACAGGAAUUGUUAGAACCCAGAGGAAACAAUAAUAGCUAGCAAAAGACUAGCUAUUAUUUGUUCUCCUCUUCAGGGGCCCCAAACUCUGUGGUAAGCCAUUUCCAUAUAGAAAGUGAUCUAUAGAAGGCCACCCCUGCUUUUUGUGGGGGGUCAUGAGCCCCCAAAGCCAAAGAGAACAAUUAAAAAUUUAUUGAGCAUCUAC